AUGACACCGCCAAGAGUGCCGAUCGCACGUCUGCUGAGGGGAGAACCAGAAAUCGAGUUGCGCUCUUCAAUAGAGGCAAUCGAUCUGGAUGAUGAGCAGAUUCCCGAGCUCCGAGCGUUCGACGACCAAACCCUUCAACACAGCGGUAAGAUAUUCGUUUCGUUACAAAGCAUUACAAGUAUUUACUAUGAGUUCGGUAAACAUAUAGGCAAAGCAAAACUAGUAGAACAGUUUAAGCUUUCUGUCUACGAAUUAGAGAACUGGGUCCCAAAAGAUGUCAACCGCUACUGGAUCGAAGUUGAUGCCGCUCUUCAACAACCUCAACUUCGGGCUGCGCUUCGGAGGUCGCUCUCUCUACCGCCGCGUGACGUACUCGUCUACGACAAGUCGAAGUUGGAUGGUCGCGACGGUGUGUAUUACCAGGCGCUGUCAUUGUUCUCCGAUUUACGCAAGAGCACGGACCCGCGAGUUGUUGAGGCAGUCGAAGCCAGCAUCAAGAACAUUAUGGAACUUGCUCAAGACGUGGGAUGCAAGAAUCCGAUCGUGCCGAAGGACUGGGUGCUAUGCAAAUACGGCAUUUCUACAAAUGUUCUGCAUAGGGUUUCCGUGUCUCUACUAGGUGACUACAAGUUUGCAAGGUUCCAGGAGUUUCGGGGCGCUCGGCUUGUGGAAUUUCCACCUACCGACCCAACUGAAAAACCCUGCACGAAACUUACUGCGAUGCGACAAGCGGAAGACUAUCUUGCGCAAACUACUCACCGGAUCGGUUUCAUCAUUCGCGGUGUGAAAGACCACCGAGAACUGUGUCUGGUGCGGAAGUCGCAGAUCGUGAGAGACUUAGCCACACUGGCAACUAUCCCGGAUAAUGUGAUUUCGCCGGUUCGAUGGAGUGAGCUGUAA